AUGGGUGGAACCCAAGAGCCUGAACCCCCUGGCGCUGCAUUGGCCAAAUACGCACAAGAUUUAACUGCAUUGGCUUCUCAAGGUCGUUUGGAUCCAGUAAUUGGUCGAGACGAAGAAAUCCGUCGAACUCUUCAAGUACUUUCGAGACGCACAAAAAACAAUCCAGUAUUGAUUGGUAAAGCAGGCGUCGGUAAAACGGCUAUUGCCGAGGGACUCGCCCAGCGGAUCAUCAAAAAUGAAGUACCAGAAAGCAUGAAAAACAAACGGGUGAUCUCACUAGAUCUAGGGGCGCUGAUAGCAGGAACCAAAUUUAGAGGAGAGUUUGAAGAAAGACUCAAAGCGAUUCUCAAAGAUAUCGAGACCAGUGAAGGAGAAAUUGUUUUAUUUAUUGAUGAACUCCACAUGCUUUUUGGACUCGGAAAGGGCGAAGGUGGUAUAGAUGCCAGUAAUAUGCUCAAGCCAGCACUGGCUCGCGGAACACUUCGCUGUUGUGGAGCAACUACAAUUGACGAGUAUCGCAAAUACAUUGAAAAGGAUCCUGCACUUGCACGGCGAUUCCAAAGCGUACUGGUUGAUGAGCCUAGCGUUGAUGCAUCAAUUUCCAUUUUGCGUGGUCUCAAGGAAAAGUACGAAGUACAUCAUGGUGUGCGUAUAUCCGAUAGUGCUCUCGUCGCAGCAGCCCAGUUUUCUCACCGAUAUAUUACCGAUCGCUAUCUUCCAGACAAGGCAAUCGAUUUGGUGGAUGAAGCAUGCUCUACACUUCGUCUUGCCCAGGAAAGCAAGCCAGAUUCUCUUGAAAGUCUUGACCGUAGUAUUCUCACUCUUAAAAUUGAGCUAGAGUCUCUGCGUAAAGAAAAGGAUCAGGCUUCGAAGCAGCGACGCGACUUGCUUACAAAGGAGCUACAAGAAAAACAAACCGAGGCAAACAAUCUAAAUGCCAUAUGGCUGAAUGAGCGUAAAAAACUAGAUCGUAUCAAGCAAGUAAAAGAGGAACUUGAACAAGCUCGUGUUGACUAUGAAUUUGCACAGCGCCAAGGAAACUUGCUACGGGCGUCUGAAUUACUCUAUGAUACAAUUCCUAAACUUGAAAAAGAGCUUCCAAGUGAUGGUGACGACGAAAGCGGCAAUCGUCUUGUACAUGAGCGUGUGACUGUUGAUGAUAUUGCCAAAGUUGUAUCUCGCGCUACAGGAAUACCAAUCACCUCCAUGAUGCAAGGAGAGCGUAACAAGUUGCUAAAUCUGGAAACGGAGCUCAAAAAGAGUGUUGUUGGGCAAGACAAGGCAAUUAAAGCUGUUGCUGAUGCUGUUCGUCUUAGCCGUGCUGGUCUUCAAGCACCCAACCGUCCAAUUGCCUCGUUUCUUUUUUUGGGACCAACGGGUGUUGGCAAGACGGAGCUGUGUAAAUCGCUUGCUAGAUUUAUGUUUGAUACCGACAGAGCCAUUGUUCGUUUAGAUAUGAGCGAAUAUAUGGAACGAUUUGCAAUAUCACGUCUUGUGGGUGCUCCACCAGGCUAUAUUGGACAUGAUGAUGGUGGACAACUCACAGAAGCAGUGCGACGUAAACCUUACUCGAUUGUCUUGUUGGAUGAAAUUGAAAAGGCCCAUCGAGAUGUGUCAAACAUUUUGCUUCAAGUAUUGGACGAUGGAUUUCUGACCGACUCUCAAGGGCACAAAGUCGAUUUUCGAAAUACCAUUAUUAUUAUGACAAGUAAUCUCGCUGAAAAGCUUGUCAAAUCGAGUACCGAAUCUGGAAUCAGUCCUGAAACUGAGGCUCGUGUUCUAGAAUCCGUUCGUAGCCAUUUUGCACCCGAGUUCAUCAAUCGCAUCGAUGAACUUAUUCUUUUUAACCGGCUUUCCAAGACUGCUCUAGCAGAUAUUGUGCAAGUUCGAGUGGCUGAGAUUUGCAAACGAGUUGAAGAACAGCACAAUAUUAAACUGAUUGUAUCCGAUGAUGUUCAAUCGUGGUUGACUGAAAAUGGGUACGAUCCGACAUAUGGUGCUCGACCAUUAAAUAGGUUGCUACAAAAGUGUAUUCUGAAUCCUCUUGCACAAGCCAUAUUGGAAGACACUAUCCAUGAUGGAGAAACAGCCAAAGCGGAGUUGAAUGCCAGUAACGAUACUAUUAUUAUACUUGGUGAUCGAUCGCCUGAACAAUGA